GAGAGAGAGAGAGAGAGAGACAGGACGGGGGAGCCUUCGGGUUUCAGAGCAGGGGCGGAGAUCGAUCAUAACUCCAUUAUGCUGGUUAUGAUGAUGGGUUGCUUCCUUUUGACCGGCGCCACCGAAGCCUCCUCCAGAGGACAGCGCCCAAAUCCGCCUGAAGCAGAAGCUCUCAACUCCGGUCCUAUGCUCUCAUCCCGCGUCCGACUCUAACCUCCUCUUCCCCCUGUUUCCUCUCUUUUUCUCGCUUAAAGAUCGAAUCUUGGGAUCUAAAGUUGGGUUCUUUGAGGCUCCGAACGAUGCCACAGUUCCAGCAGCACGCUUCAUGGAGGCUGGAGGGCGGUGGGCAGGUCAUAGAUCUGGAGACCGCCGUCAAAGACGGGAUCUUGGGCGGCGGAGGCCUCCCGUCGGGGAAGGACGGGACCUUGGGGGCCGCCGCUGAGAAGCUUGAUCUCAAGAAGACGAUCGAGGAGCUCGACUCGGCGGCGGAGGAUGUGCCCUCGGUGUUCAUCUGCCCCAUCUCCCUCGAGCCCAUGGUGGAUCCCGUCACGCUCUGCACCGGCCAGACCUACGAGCGCGGCAACAUCCUCAAGUGGUUAUCCCUGGGGCACCUCACCUGCCCCACCACAAUGCAGGAGCUGUGGGACGACGCCGUCACCCCCAACCGAACCCUCCACCAGCUGAUCAGCGCCUGGUUCUCGCAGCGUUACCUCCUAGUGAAGAAGCGGUCCGAGGACGUCCAGGGCCGCGCCGCCGAGCUCGUCCAGAGCCUGAAGAAGGUCAAGGGGCAGGCCAGAGUCGAGGCCCUCAAGGAGCUUCAGAAGAUGGUCGUGGCCCAUCCAUCCCUCGGGAACGCCCUGGCUGACUCCGGUGGCGUGGCACUGCUUUCUUCUCUCCUCGGCCCGUUCACCUCCCACGCCGUUGGCUCCGAGGUGAUCGCCAUCCUCGUCAAUCUUAGCUUGGAUUCAGAUACAAAGGCAAGUCUGAUGCAACCGGCAAGAAUCUCACUCGUAGUAGACAUGCUGAAUGAAGGCACCAUCGACACUAAGAUCAAUUGCACGAGGUACAUCGAGAUGCUGAUGGCGGAGAAGAGUUUCCGGUGCGAGUUCAUGUUGAGUUUGAGUCUUCUGGUAGCGCUGUUGAGAUUGGCGAAGGACAAGCGACACCCGAACGGCAUUGCGGCGGCGCUUAGCUUGCUGGAAGCGAUCUGCUCUCACGAGCAAGUCCGGAGCUCGCUGGUGAGCGUUGGAGCAGUGACGCAGCUCGUGGAGCUACUGCGGAACCUGAGUCCCGAGGGCUCGGUACCAGCAUUGCACAUCUUGGAUGAUCUCUCGACGAUACCUGAAGGCCUGUCGGCUCUGAAAGAUUGCCCUCAAACCAUUCCCAACACAGUGAGGCUUCUAAUGAGAGCAUCCGAAGCUGGUGUUCAGUACGCAUUGUCUAUAUUGUGGGCUGUCUGUAAGCUUGCUCCCGACGAAUGUGCUUCGCUUGCGGUGGAGGCGGGGUUGCCUGCAAAUCUAUUGCUUGUCAUCCAGAGCGGUUGCAAUCCGGAGCUGAAGCAACGGGCUGCCGAGCUGUUGAAGCUCUGCAGUCUCAAUUACACGACCACCCUAUUCAUUUCAAAGUGUAAGUUAACCAGGACGAUCCAGUGACAGAGUACACGGCUGAAGAUUCUGUGCAGCUUGCAUUGCGAGUUGAGAUUGAGAUACAAUCUCGUCUCUGGUGUAUAGUAUUGAUGAUACUUGCAAUCCUCAUCAAUCGUAAAUGAAGAAGCGUCUGAAUGCGGAUGAUUACCGGCGAAGAGCGAAACCGGCACGGAUUUUGAUCCACUGCUUGUUGUUUACCGAAUGGAAAGCCCAGAGUGGUCUUGAUGGCCAUUGGCCAACGCAGUCACGGACAUAUAUGCCAUUUCCUCUGCUUUCAAGGUAUCCGCUGACGAGACCAAAAAGCCAUGACUGGGGAUUGAGAGGCGUGGGCUGGCUUGAGACGGCAUAUUCCAUCACAUUCCGCAGGAAGAAGCUGAUUCGUGUGGCCUCGGUGGACCUUCAGGCCCUGCAGGCCAUUGAAAGCUUGUGCAGUUGGAGCCUGUGUGUUGGUAGUACAAGGAAGGAGGCGACCAAAUGGCAUGAGGAUGCGAGAACAGCAGGAUUUGCAUCUCCAUUCGACCGUGUGGCCCGUGACACUGUCCUGCACUG